UAGGUUACUUCUUUAACUCUCUCUUCUCCUCUUUCUUUUUGCUCUAUAUAAAUAAGUUCAAAAACCACUAUACUCUUUAAUAAUUAGUCUUCAUCUCUUACAAAUUAUGGGACGUUCACCAUGUUGUGACAAAGUUGGCUUAAAGAAAGGUCCAUGGACUCCAGAAGAAGAUCAAAAACUCUUAGCUUAUAUCGAAGAACACGGUCAUGGAAGUUGGCGCGCUUUGCCAGCUAAAGCAGGUCUUCAAAGAUGUGGGAAGAGCUGCAGAUUAAGAUGGACCAAUUAUCUUAGACCUGAUAUUAAGAGAGGAAAAUUUAGUUUGCAAGAAGAACAAACAAUUAUUCAACUUCAUGCUCUCUUAGGGAACAGGUGGUCAGCUAUAGCUACACAUUUGUCAAAGAGAACAGAUAAUGAGAUAAAGAAUUAUUGGAACACACAUUUGAAGAAAAGGUUAACAAAAAUGGGAAUUGAUCCAGUUACUCACAAACCUAAAAAUGAUGCACUUCUUUCAUCAAGUGAUAGUGUUCAUUCAAAAACAGCUUCAAAUCUUAGUCACAUGGCUCAAUGGGAAAGUGCUCGUCUUGAAGCUGAAGCUAGACUUGUUAGAGAAUCCAAAAUCCGUUCACAUAAUUCACUUCUUCAAAAUAAUCAUAAUCAUUUGAAGGCAUGGAAUAUUAAUCUUGAAUCUCCUACUUCAACUUUAUCUUAUAAUGAGAAUGUUCCAUCAAUUAUGAGUAGUGAAGGAAUUGGAGAAAAAAACAUCAACAAUGACAAUGAGAAAAACAAUAAUAAUAAUAACAACAAUGUUAAUGAUGAUGAGAACAAUGUUGUUGUGUCUAUGAUUGAGUUUGUAGGGACAAAUUCAAGUUCAAUGGUGAAAGAAGAAGGUGGUGAUGAUCAAGAAAAUUGGAAAAGUUAUGAAAGUUUUACAUCAAAUCUUCAUCAUGAGUUAACUAUGUCAAUGGAUCAAGGUGAUGUUAUUGCUGAGGAAGGGUUUACUAAUCUUUUGCUAAAAACAAAUUCUGAAGAUUUGAGUUUGUCAGAAAGUGGUGGAGAAUCUAACAAUGGUGGAAGUGGAAGUGGAAGUGAAUUCUAUGAAGAUAACAAUAACUAUUGGAAUAGUAUUCUUAAUUUAGUUAAUUCUUCUCCUUCUCAUUCACCAAUGUUUUGAUAAAGAUUUCUUGUCAUUAAGCUUAUAGUUAUAAUCAAUCAAAAGUGUAAGGUAUAUUUAAGUAUUAUAAUAGAAAACAAUUCUUAGACAUGGA